AUGUCACUCGAAACCCUCACAAACGCGCUACGACACAUCCGCCUCCCCCACUCCCAACAAGAACGACUAAACCUCGCCCUCGGCACGGCCGCCGUAAUAGGCAGCGCAAUUCUCCUACCUGCCGCGUAUCGCGACUACCGCAUCUUCAAGAGCUAUGGUCCCGGCGGGGUCCCGAAUAACUUGCUGGGGUGGAUGACGGUGCGCGCGCUGUUUCAGCCGUUUGGGAGCGAGAUGUUUAGCACGGAGAUCUAUUUGCGCCGGAUUGAUGCGGCCGAGGGUCAUGGGAGGGGUGACGAGGGGUAUUUGACACUAUCGAGUGAACGGUUGGAAUCGAGGAAGGAGGAGGGGAGACCCGAGAUUGGACCACAUGUUGUGCCGCAGCGACAGUUGACGCAGAUUCCCGACGAGGAUGUUAUGGAGAAAUUCGACUCAAAAUUUACCUCGUUCGGUUUGCGCAAUCACCAUCUAGUCAAAUUCCAGCAGUCCAAUCUUGAAGGACAUGCAGAUGCGCUGUUCUUGGCCGAUCACCUCCCCAUCACGGAUCUGGCGACGACGAUGCAGGGUGAAAUUACGCAUAUACACAGUGGAAGUGAUUACUCGCUUCACGUGGUUUUGGCACCGGCAGAUUGCAAGAAAGUCAUUGAUGCAGGCUGGGGUCAGCGCCAUGCUUUCUCCGGUACAUCCGCCAUGACAUUCCUCAGUCUGGGUACUAUACCCGACAUUCCCUCUGAAUAUCUCCUGAUCUAUGCGCCGCGCAACGAUGCCGAAAUCGAGAUUGUGAUGGAGAUUAUUUCAGCCGCUGUCAAGUUUAUGACGGGACGGGAGGACGUUCGGUAA